AUGGUGUCCGCUCGCUAUCUUAUCGGUACCACUCUGGCCGUGGCCAGCGUCUCGGCCGUUGCUGUUCCCGAGUCUGAGGACGUCCUGGAGCAGGCAUCCCGUCUGCUCAAGCGCCAAGAGCCGGGGACGCCUGCCUACAACUGCCACAACACCUGUGGACAAGCUCUGCGCCAGGGUCGCUUCAGCGGCGACGGCCGUUGCUCCAACGACAUCUUCCUGACAAACUACAAGAACUGCCUGCAGUGCUCCGGUCCCGACAACCACAACAUCUGGAUCUACUACGGCAACAGCCUCGGCAACUAUGGCCGGGCCUGCAGCCUCUCCACGACCCCGCUGUCCGGGAAGCAGCCCGACGUCCCCGAGGCCAUCCCCGCCGUCGAGCCCGGCGCGGCCACGGCGACGUCGGCUGCCGCGUCUUCGGCUGCCGCCCCGUCGACCGGGCCGCGCGAGACGACCACACCCUCGGCUGCGGCGGCGCCGUCGUCCGCCUCGGGCUCGUCGUCGUCGUCGUCGUCGUCUGCAGCCACCACCACCACCACCAGCCCGGUCAGUGCCCCCUCGUCAGCUUCCGCAUCUGCCGGCAGUAGCACUGCUAGCCGCACGACGUCGUCGGCUUCGGGCCGUCCUUCUUCCAGCGGAGGCGGCAGCUCGACUUCGCGCGUCAAUGUUCCG